GCAGAUACGCUUUAAAAAGAGUAAUAAUGGGACCUGGCAUUCAAGAAUAUCCCUUAUUACUGCACAGAGAGACACAGAAAAAAGAAAGCCAAAUCAAUGAAAACCACAAAGGAAUGGUAAAUUACAGUAAUGGAAAAAGCCAUCCGAGCACCAAAGGACUAAAUAAACCAAUUUCUCAUGUGAAAUCUUCUCCUGGAAGAUUAGGCAAAAAAGUAUCAAGUGACAUUGAAAAGACUUCCCGUGACACUCGAGAGAGUAACCAACCAGGUAUUUUUAAGAAGGGAAGAAAGCAGCUGGAUGACAAUACUCAGUCAAAAAGGAUCACGAGUGUUUGCACAUCACUGCACAGAGCACAAGGACCAGAGAGGAGCCUCCCAGAAAGAAGGCAAAACGAAUCUUUUCUGCACAGGAUCCCUCCUAGCAUCCAGGGCAGCACACAAGGUAGCUUCUGUAGGGUUAAAGAUGUCCCACUGCAACACUUUUUUUGCAGUAAAAAAGAACAGUUGGAAAAGAAUCACGAAGAACAUGUUGCUGAAGCUGGUCCAUGCUCUUCUAAAUGGCAAGAAGCAUCUGUAGAUGAAAUGUUUCUUGAUUUUGAAUCAGUACAAAUUAUUAAAGAAGAUGCUGAAGAUGAUAGUGCCAGUGAUCUCUCUGAUUCAGAAAGGAUUCCCAUUCCCCCGUCUCCCUGCACACCACCAGAACUCAUUCUCAGAGCUGAAGAAAUCGAUCCAGUUUGUUUGGAACAUGUCCCUGAUAUGGGUUUUAAAGAAUCAGAAUAUUACUACCCAGACUUCCUCCCACCCCCUUUCAACUCAUGGGACUUGAAGCAACUGGCCAUCUUUGUUAAUGUAGAGGGUAAAACUGAAUUUCGACCAAAGCCAACAGGAUUUCUUGAGAAAUACAUCGAUCGCCUUUUGCAGCUGGAAUGGCUGCAAAUGCAGACUGUACAGAAUGAGAAAGGGAGGGCAGCCAAAGCCAGGGCACAGACUGCUCCCGGCUCCAUCCGUACCCUAAAAAGCCCCGGCAAAGGCAAAGCAUUGCUCGGCCCUUUGCCUAACAAGCAAGUGAUUCCCCAGGAAAGUGUUACAAAGCUGCCCAGGAGCUAUUCAGGUCACAGGGGAGAUUCAUACUGUGAAGAAAGUCGCCAGUUACGUUCUCAUCCAGGUCACUUGAAACUUUCUGAGAGAAUGGGAUGUGCACUGUCUUCUCAGAGACAAUUUGGUGAAGUGAGGAGUGAACUGAAAAAAAAACCAACUGCAAAGCAACAGCUCCUCAAUAUGCAGCCCGCCGAGAACGGUUCUAAAAUUCAGAGUGGUGGUAAUAUUAGACCCCCUAAGCAAACCCCAGUAUUUCCCGGUUCAGCUGCUCCCAUCAAAGGCUUAAAAACAUACAUGUGUACAAAUCCAAAGAAAAAUGGCAACGGCAACGGCAACAAUUGUGUUCCUUCUAAAAAACCAACAGGGGACAGGAGAAUAAAAACAAAUGGCACGAAGCAAACAUCCCGCAAAUUUAAAUGA